CCUAACCCUAACCCAACAACACUACACCCAAAAAGCUAAAAAAAGAAGAGACUACCCAAACUCCAUUUCUCUCUCUCUCCCCCUUUCACUCUCACCUUUGUCCUCCUCUUCUUCAUUUUCUCCCAAACCUUUAACCAAUAACUUAUCUUCAUCGCAAGAGAUUGCUUCAGACAACCUGUCAAAGAUCAAGCUCUCUCUACUCACAAAAAAAGCUAGAGACACGAAACAUGGGCUUGAUUCAGCUCUUUCAGCUCAAAAUUUGGUGGCUGCUGCUUACAACUCCCUCUUUUUCCCUUAUCUGCUGAAGAUCAGUAGCAUUCGAUCUAUUGGAACUCCCCCCAGAAAAAAAAAAAAAGAGCAAAGAAAGAAAGCAGAAAGCAAGCAAACAUAGAGCCCAAGAAUCUCUCUCUCUCUAGUUGGUCUUCUGUAUAUUAGAGCUAAUAUAGGUUAAAUUUCAAGAAAGAGGAAAUGGAUCCAGUUGCAGCACAUGGCCGUCCUCUUCCACCUCCUUUCCUCACUAGAGAUCUCCAUUUACAUCAUCACCAUCAAUUUCAACAGCAUCAACAACAGAAUUCUGAAGACGAACAAAAUGGUAACGGGAGCUUAAACCGUGGGCAAAAGAGAGAGCACGAUGAGACCACAGCCGACACUGCUGAAGGCAAAGAACUAGUCCCUGCUGGUGGAGAUGGAGAGAUCUCAAGAAGGCCCCGAGGACGACCUGCUGGGUCCAAGAACAAGCCGAAACCACCCAUCAUAAUCACCAGAGAUAGCGCCAAUGCCCUUCGAUCCCAUGUCAUGGAAAUCGCCAACGGCUGCGAUAUUAUGGAGAGUGUAUCAACUUUUGCGAGGCGGAGACAAAGAGGGGUUUGCAUUUUGAGUGGAAAUGGAACGGUAACUAAUGUUACGCUUAGGCAGCCGGCUUCACCUGGAGCAGUGGUUACUUUACAUGGAAGAUUCGAGAUUUUAUCGCUUUCAGGUUCGUUCUUGCCUCCUCCAGCUCCACCAGCCGCGUCGGGGUUGACCAUAUAUUUAGCCGGUGGUCAAGGGCAAGUGGUUGGAGGGAGCGUUGUGGGUCCUCUUCUGGCAUCUGGGCCGGUGGUGGUUAUGGCGGCUUCGUUUGGUAAUGCAGCAUAUGAGAGGCUGCCGUUGGAGGAGGAUGAGGGGCAGGCGCCUGUGCCUGGAAGUGGGCCUCUAGGCUCACCUGGAUCUGCCGGGCAACCGCAGCAGCAACAACAGCAGCAGCAACAGCAACUAAUGCAAGAUCCAAACCCAUCCCUUUUUCAAGGAUUGCCACCCAAUCUACUAAAUUCAGUGCAACUGCCAGCUGAGGCCUACUGGGGAACUGCUCGCCCUCCUUUUUAGUAACAGAAAAUAAACUCGUGUUUUUUCCCCUUCUUUUUCUUCUGUUUUCUUCACUUCCAAAUCAUCAAUCUUCAUUCUUCUUCUUCCUCCUCCUUUAAAAGUUAGGGAAUGUUUAAGAUGCUGAGAUCGUGGUAUUCAUCUACCUUUGAUUGAAGAAGGAUGUACAAAUUUAUGAAUUCUUUUUCUUUUUUGUUGUCUUGUUUUUUCCAUUAAGAGUAGCUCCUUUGAUUUAGCUUAAAGAUGAAGCAGGAGCAGCAAAGAUGGCUUUUUUUAUUCUUUCACAACUCAAUUCUCAUUAGUUUCACUUCUGAUAACUUGCCAGAUAAUUAAUCAUUCUUUCUUUUCUGAAAACGAAAAUAAAAGAUUUGGCGAAUUAUUUUACUUCCCUUUGUUUCCCUUGAAAGGAAAACCCAAGUUUCAGAUUCUAUUACACGAUCCAAACCCUUUCUUUAGAUUACAAAAUCAAUAAGAAAACGUCGAAGUUUCGGAUUCAUAAGUUUCUUGACGAUUUUGUAUUUCUCAAGUCUGGAAAUCUAUCUUUUUUAUGCAUAAUAUGCAUGCUUCUACUUUUUUUUUUCUCCUUUGCCCCCUUUUCCACUGCAUAUAUUCAGCUAGCUAUUGUGUUUCCUCCACGAAAUUCAUCAUUAAUUACAUUGAAAGCUUUCUUCCUUUCACACUGCCACACAAAUUGGUAUUAUUAUAGUAAAAUUCGUUCCAUUAUCAAGGUAUAGGAGUAUCGAAAAAAAGGAUGCAGGGUUUGCUUUAAAGUUGGUGAGUGUUUGAGGGUUGGUGAGGGGAAGUGGCAAAUCAUAUAAUCACUUGAAGAAAGUGAGUAAUGGGGAGUUAUGGGCUUAGGGUAAUUCUCUGCUUGUUUGUUUGUUUUGAUUUCUGGUUACUGAAUUCUGACCGCGUUAGGGUUUUUAUUAAACAUUAUGGAAGCCCCUGCAGAGAUGAACAUUGGGUACUGGGUUACACGUGCACUGCUCUGUAAAAGCUCCUUUUCGAGGCAAACUUACAUUUCCAUAUAUAUAAAGGCCACAACAACCAGAACAAAUAGAUCUCAAGCGUUAAAGUUUCUCUCUCUCUCCCCAAAACUGUCACAGACACCACAGAAGACAUGUAAAGGAUGGGGCUGAAUGAACAACAACUAAGGUAAGCUAGCUAUUUUUUCUUUUUAUAUAUAUCUAAAAAUUAAAAAAGAAAAAAACAAGAAAAGCUAUAUAUCUUGGUGAAGAAGCUUGAAACCCUAGCCGUUUUUCUCUGCACUGAAACUUCACUAGUAUCAAUUUAUUCUCCUUUCAUUGAAGUUCUAUUUUUGGGUUGUCAUAGGUUGGCUUUACUCGUUUCCUUUUUAGUUCUUCAGAGUUGUUUCUCAAUAACAGUGGUAGUAGCAGUAGAGUGACUUCUGUCGCUAGUAAAUUUUCUUGGGAACACUAAUUUAUUUAUAUAUUUUCUUGUCAGUUUGAUCUUC